CAGGCUGAGAAGAUGACGGUGGGGAGGCCUGCGGCAGCCCCCGAGGGCUCCGAGAGCGGCGGUCAGAUGUUUCCUCCCAAAUCUUCCUCAGACACUGAACCAGAAGAUGAGCUGGUUUUGCCCAGGGCUGGCAAGCUGCAUGAUUUCCUCAGCCCAGAGGAGGAGACGGAUUCUACUUCAGACUCCAUUGGGAGCUUUUAUGAGACUCUACAGACUCUAAAGCAGAAGGGAAGAUUGGGUCUGUUGGAGACUUUCUUUCAGUCUGACUCAGAAAGUGAUGAGAUCAGCUCUGAAGAUAAUGAAGACCUGGAGAGUUUCUUCCAAGACAAAGGCAGGGGGAAGCCGCAGGUCAGGCUCCCUGGGUCUCUGAGGUGUGGCUCCACCAGGCGUUGUAGCUCCCUGAGCAGCCUUCCCUCUGACGUUCCCAGGCGUGAGGCUCAGCCACCCUCAGGCUCUGCACCUCCUUCCCAGCACAGAAGUGUCAGCUCCUGGGCAUCCUCCAUCACUGUCCCUCAGCCAUUCCGCAUGACACUGCGUGAGGCCCGGAAAAAGGCCCAGUGGCUGGCCUCGCCUGCCUCUUUUGAACAGGAGAGGCUGCAGGCCCAGAGGCAAGGCCAGGAGGAGGCUGAGUGCCACCGGCAGUUCCGGGCACAGCCUGUGCCCGCACAUGUCUACCUGCCCCUUUACCAGGAGAUCAUGGAGCGCAGCGAGGCUCGGCGGCGGGCGGGGAUCCAGAAGAGAAAGGAACUUCUCCUCUCAUCCUUGAAGCCUUUUAGCUUUCUUGAGAAGGAGGAACAGCGAAAAGAAGCUGCUCGAAAGAGAGACUUGGCUGCCACAGCUGAGGCCAAGGUCCCCCAAAAGAAAGCCACCAGAAGGAUCCCCAAGUCUAUUCUGGAGCCAGCACUCGGGGACAAACUCCAGGAAGCUGAGCUCUUUAGGAAAAUUCGCAUCCAGAUGAGGGCCCUGGACCUACUCCAGAUGGCCUCUUCUCCUAUCCGCUCCUCUAGCAGCCGGGCUGACUCCCAGCCCCGCACAGCCACCCGCACUCGGGAAGAAAAGCUCAGCUUUCUGCAGACUGACUUUGGAUUCCAGCCUCGGGUGAACCCUUCUGUCCCUGACUAUGAGGCCCUGUACAAGGCCUUUCAGAGAAGAGCUGCCAAGAGAAGGGAGACACGAGAGGCAACUCGUAACAAGCCCUUCCUGCUGAGGACUGCCAACCUGCGCCACACCCCACGGCCAUGCGAUACUCCUGCCACCAGAGAGAGCAAGGAUUCCCCACAGCCACCAGCAACACCGCUGCCAAGGAGUCACUCUCUGAGUGGCCUUGCUUCUCUCUCGGCCAACACCCUCCCAGUGCACAUCACAGAUGCUACCAGAAAGAGGGAAUGUGCAGUCAGAACGUCACUUGAAAAAAAGGACAAAGCGGAUGAAAGUAUUCAGUGGUUGGAGAAGCACAAAAGAAAGUGUCAAGCCAUGUCUAAAUCAGUGGCUUUACGUGCAAAAGCCAUGGAUCCCCAUAAAAGCCUGGAGGAGGUGUUUAAAGCAAAGCUGAAAGAGAAUCGGAACAAUGACCGCAAAAGAGCAAGAGAAUAUAAGAAAGAAUUGGAAGAAAUGAAGAAGAGAAUACAAACAAGGCCCUAUCUCUUUGAGCAAAUUUCAAAGGAUCUUGCCAGGAAAGAGGCAGAACAACAAUAUCGAGACACCCUGAAGCAGGUGGGACUGGAGGAAGAUUUUGUGAGAAACAAGAGUCAAAAUAGUGGACAAUGGAAGGAAGCCAAAGUCAAAGAUUCUCCUAGCAUGCAUGGGACUACAAAACUUGGCAUCAAGUAUCCACAGAAGGAUUUAGAAGCAUCACUAGAAUUGCCUACAGGCCCCAAGAAAGAAGUGGAAGAGGACCUGUAUCAUGAAUCACUGCACAACCUCGAACUACUUGCUUAAUCGGCCCACUUAGCUUUACUGCUAUUGAACAUCAUCAAGCAGCUAACCAUGAGUUAAGUCAGGAAAAACUCGGAUUUGGGGCAUGGCAACUGUUAGAAAAUAGGAAAAAGUAACAGAUGAUCGAGC